GAUGUGACGUUUGGAUCCCCUCAAAUUAAAUGGCAGCGUACACAUUGGCCAUGCUUGCCCUGUAAGAAGUGCUGCUUUUCAUUAUUCUGUAACACAUACAUAAUAUAAUCUUAAACCAUGUCCGGUCGACAGAACAACAAACUACCAAACAAUCUGCCUCAACUUCAGAAUCUCAUAAAAAGAGAUCCGCAGUCGUACGUCGAGGAGUUUCUGCAACAGUACCGACACUAUCAGUCCAAUGUGCAGAUCUUUAAGCUGCAGCCUGACAAACCGAGCAAGGAGCUUGCAGACCUCGUUAUGUUUCUCGCUCAGGUUGGUCACUGCUUCCCCCAGCAGCUCUCCACGUUUCCUAAAGAGUUGUCUGAGUUAUUACUUAGUUACCACACAGUCCUGGAGCCGGACCUACGAAUGACCUUCUGCAAAGCUCUGAUCCUUCUGAGGAAUAAAGACUUGAUUGAUGCCUCAGGCCUCCUAGAGCUCUUCUUUGAGCUGCUGCGAUGUCAUGACAAGCUGCUUAGGAAGACUUUGUACACACACAUUGUAGCAGACAUCAAAAACAUCAACGCAAAACAUAAGAACAACAAGGUCAACACAAUGUUACAGAACUUCAUGUACACCAUGCUGAGAGACAGUAAUCCGAUAGCAGCAAAGAUCUCAUUAGAUGUGAUGGUGGAGCUGUACAAAAGGAACAUAUGGAAUGAUCCCAAAACAGUUAAUGUUAUCACAACUACGUGCUUCUCCAAAGUGACAAAGAUCCUUGUUGCAGGCCUUAAAUUCUUCCUGGGAACAGAUGAAAAUGAGAAAAAUGAGAGUGACUCAGAAUCAGAGAAUGAAGGGCCAUCAGCGAGAGACUUGAUGGCGAAAUUCUCCACUGGCAAGAAAACCUCCAAGAACAAGAAGAAGCUGGAAAAGGCUAUGAAAGUCCUCAAGAAACAUAAAAAGAAGAAGAAAGCAGAAGUUUUUAAUUUCUCUGCAGUUCACCUUAUUCACGACCCUCAAGAUUUCUCAGAGAAGCUCUUAAAGCAGCUGGAAGACUCAAAGGAGCGCUUCGAGGUUAAGAUCAUGAUGAUGGAGCUCAUAUCCCGACUGGUUGGAAUCCACGAGCUCUUCCUCUUUAAUUUCUACCCUUUCAUCCAGAGGUUUCUUCAGCCUCACCAGAGAGAUGUGACAAAGAUUCUUCUCUGUGCUGCUCAGGCCUCCCACCAGCUCGUUCCCCCUGAGAUCAUUGAACCUGUGAUCAUGACAAUCGCCAACAACUUUGUGACAGAGAGAAACUCUGGGGAGGUCAUGACUGUGGGUCUCAAUGCCAUCAGGGAGGUGGCAGCACGCUGUCCGCUCGCCAUCAACGAAGACCUUCUGCAGGACCUGUCCCAAUACAAGACCCACAAAGACAAGAAUGUAAUGAUGUCUGCCAGAGGACUUAUCCAGUUGUUCAGGAGUCUUAAUCCACAGAUGCUGCACAGAAAGGACAGGGGGAGACCCACUGAGGCAUCGGCAGAGGCCAAGAUCAAAGACUACGGACAGCUGGAGGCUAAAGACUAUAUCCCCGGAGCCGAGGUCCUGGAGGUGGAGGAGGAGAACAAAGAGGGAGAGGACGAUGAAGACGGCUGGGAGAGUGCCAGUAUUAGUGAUGAUGAUGAAGAUGGGGAGUGGGUGGACGUUCACCACUCAUCUGAUGAAGAUACAGGAGAAGUGGCAGAGAAGCUUCAAAGCAUGACAGCUGAGGAAAGAAAAGCCAAGGCAGCGGCGGUCAGCGCCAGCAGGCUCCUCACCCAAGAUGACUUCAAGAAGAUCAGUCUGGUCCAGAUGGCCAAAGAGGUCAAUGCUGCACCAGGCAAGAAGAGGAAAAAUGUGGACAGUGAUGACGAGCGAGACAAAGGAGAGCUGCUGACGUUGAGAGAUAUUGAGAGACUGCACAAGAAACCAAAAGCGGACAAGGAAACACGACUGGCAACAGCAAUGGCGGGACGGACAGACAGGAAGGAGUUUGUCAAGAAGCGGACCAAGCUAAACCCACACGCUAGCAGCAGCAACAAGGAGAAGAGGAGAAAUAAGAACUUCAUGAUGAUGAGGCACAGUCAGAACGUCAGGACUAAAGGCAAACGCUCCUUCAGAGAGAAACAGAUUGCUUUACGAGAGGCUCUCCUGAAGAAGAAGAAGCAGUACAAGUAGCAGAAAAGGACAUUGUGUUGUAGUUGCUGGCUAAACUUUGUGUUUAAAAAAAAUCUAAAUAAAAAACGUAGAUCCUUUAAUUGGACUGUAAAACACACUUUAACAUGUAUUUUCUUUCUGUGGAUAAACAGCAUAAUUUACUCAUUUUCUGAAAUAAAUUAUCUUUGAUAA